CCCAGCGAUCCCCUGCACACCACCAUGCACGACGACACGUGUCCCCCACAACUCUGUCUCUGUAAUUAGUCAGUCCCCAAUUUCUCCAUCAGCUCGAUCAAAUCCAAGAAAUCAGCGAAAUCGACCAAAUUGAACCUCCGAUUGAUCAUUCGCCGGCGUUGGGGAGGAAAAAAAACAAGUUAUAACCCUCUGAUCGAAUUGAUUGAUGGGUAAGCUGGCAUCGGCGAGGGAGUACAGGAUGUACGGUCCGACGAGGCAGAGCCGGAACAGGGCAGAGUACAUCAACGCGGGGCUCUACCUCUUCGCCACCGUCGUGUUGAUCUCCGGCUUCGCCGCCCAGUUCUCCGGCGAGCCGAGGUCCGGCCUCGUCCUCCUGCUCAUCGCCCUGCUGAUCAUGGUCGCCGUCAACGUCCACGACAUGGUCGCCCACCUCUCCGGGAUCGACUUCCGGCUGCCGAAUCUAAUGGAGCUCGACCCGCAGCUGGCCCUCGUCGAGUUCGCCGUCCCGCUGGUGCUCGCCGCCGGCGCCUUGCUCUGGUUCCUCGCCGUCCUCUUCCUCUUCCUCCAGGCACAGAAAGGGUACAGGUACCUGGGAUGGGAGCGCCACUCCCUGAACAUGGUGGUAGCAGGGACGGCAAUGUGGGUGCUCGGCUCGAUCCACAACGUGUGCCAAAUCUACGAGCGAGCCGACGCCCACGUUCAGAUCCUGCAGCAGACCGUGCAGCUCCCGUUCCUGAUGGGGAGCUUGCUGUUCCUGGUGGGCGCCAUCCUCAACAGCAGAGAGCAGGCCAAGAAGGAGCACCACGGUCUACAUUUGCUGGGGACGACUCUGGUUUGGAUGUCGAUCUACGGGAGCUUGAUGUUCUUCGUGGGCGGGUUGGCGAACGUGGUGAAGGUGUUCAAGAUGCAGCAGAUGAACGGCCUCCGGCUCGAGAAGCUCCGCGGCGGGGCCCUGGAGCGACUGAUGCAGGGGAGGGAAGGGCAGGUGCCUCUGAUCAUUGAAGAGCAGAGGCGGAGGAGUGCGAGGUUGCCUGCUGCUGCAGCUGGAGAACCGGUAGCAACAUCGACGAUGCCGGCGGUCACGACGAACAUUCCGACGCCGUAUAAAGAUGUUCUUCUCGGACAUGCUCAACCUUAGUUGUUUCUUUGGCUAGUGGACUUCUCCCAUAUAUUCAUUGGAAAACCCAUGUCGAGGAUUAGAGAAAUAACGGAAUCAAUCUCUUUUUUUGCUAUGGUUUUGGUUUUUCUUCUUUGUAUUAAGUUUUUUCGCUUUCGGUUUAUCAGUGUUGUUCUACCGCCAUUUCGAUUAUAGGACUCGUAAUUUUUGUGUGUUAUUCACGUGAAAAUUAAGAAUGAAACAAGGAG